AUGGCCCCAGGAAGCAGCAUUGUGAGUGUGACUGAAGUUCCUGAGUCAGAUUGUGGCGACCGUGGGCUCUCCGAGGCACUCAGUAGUAUUAGGCUUGAUGGAGAUUCUACAAGUAAGCCCUCCUGGGCUGCGUCACUUGUCAAUGUUGGUUUGUCAUCAUUGACUGGCUUGAAUGAUUUGCUCGAGUGUCCAGUGUGUACAAACUCAAUGCGCCCGCCUAUACUUCAGUGCCCAAAUGGCCACACAAUUUGCUCCAGCUGUAAGCAUAGGGUAGACAACCAUUGCCCCACUUGCCGCCAGGAGCUGGGAAAUAUCAGAUGCUUGGCUCUCGAGAAGGUGGCCGAAUCGAUUCAGCUUCCAUGCAAAUACCAAAGCCUGGGCUGCACCGAGAUCCAUCCUUACCAGAACAAACUUAAGCACGAGGAGCUCUGCAGGUUCAGGCCAUACAGCUGUCCAUAUGCAGGUUCAGAGUGCCUCAUUGCAGGUGACGUUCCGAUGCUCGUGUCUCAUCUCAUCAAUGACCACAAGGUGGAUUUGCACGAAGGCUGCACCUUUAACCACCGCUAUGUGAAGUCCAACCCUUACGAAGUGGAAAACGCAACAUGGAUGCUCACUGUUUUCAAGUGUUUCGGGCAGCACUUCUGCCUCCACUUCGAGGCGUUCCUGCUGGGGAUGUCCCCGGUGUACAUGGCGUUCCUGCGGUUCAUGGGGGAGGAGAGCGAGGCUCGGAGCUUCUGCUACAGCCUGGAGGUGGGCGGGAACGGGCGGAAGCUGACGUGGCAGGGCACGCCGCGGAGCAUCCGGGACGGGCACAAGAAGGUGCGGGACAGCUUCGACGGGCUCAUCAUCCACCGCAACAUGGCCCUCUUCUUCUCCAGCGGCACCCGGCAGGAGCUCAAGCUGCGCGUGACUGGCCGCAUCUGGAAGGAGCAGUGA